GUUCUCUCGUCAACAGAGCAUCAUCAAUAUUGAACGCUGAGUGACUAUCAAAUAUAUUUCAACUCAAUUCACUACAAAAUCCUUUGAAAAGUUAAUAAAUGGAUAGACAAAGUCUUUUAGAUAUGAUAUCACUUGAUUAUAUUAAACUAUUAAGAAGUUGGAUCCUCUUUUAUCUAAAUUAUAGAAAGUCACGUGAAGAUAACGGCUUAAUUUCGCAGAUAGCCGAAAUGAUAACUUAAAGUUAUCAUUUUGAAAUAUAUAUUUAUCAACACUAAAGAUAUCACUCAUUCAUUCAUUCAUUCAAUUAUUAUCCAUAUCGUAUCAACAUCAUAACAUGGCAUUAAAGACGUUUGAAGUUUCAAAGAUACCUACCAUAAAAGCAGAACCCUUAACCCCAGAAGCGUUUGCUCCAUUUGGUGGAGUUAUAAGUGCAGAUCAUCAAAUCCAACAAGUUUCAACAUCAUCUGCCAAUUAUGGUACUGCUACAAAGAUUCAUAAGGUGGCUCCUAUAGCAAAUAACUUUUCCAAUAGUUCAAGUGGGAAACCACCUACAGCAAAUUGGAAUAUCUUCCGAUGUAAAGCUCCUAAACAUUUAAUCUCCCAUAAAAGUGGUACUAACAAGAAGGUAUAUUUAUCAAAGGUUUUAGAAAGACAUCCAUUUUCAACUCAAGCUUUCUUACCUAUGGGUCAACAUCUGAAGAUUGAUUCAUACCUUGUGAUUGUUGCUAAAACUGAUGAAUCAUCAAGUAAUAAGUUACCUGAUCCAAGUCAAGUUAGAGCUUUUAUUUGUAAAGGAAAUCAAUCUAUAACUUAUGGUGCAGGUACUUGGCAUGCUCCAAUGGUAGUUAUUGAUGAAAAUGUUCCAUAUAUAGACUUUGCAGUGUUGAUCCAUGAAAAUGGAGUUGCAGAUGAAGAUUGUCAAGAAUGUUAUUUUGAACCUGGGUUUGAUGUAGAGUAUGAUAAUAAUAAUAAUAUUUCAAAACUAUAGAUAAUCUAUAAAUUCAUCUAUAAACUUCUGGAUAAACUUCUCUUUAUCAUCUUUAUUUAGGUCUUUAGCUUCCUCUUUAGCUAGUUUUAAUUUAUGCAUUAUCUCAUCCAAUCCUAGAUUGUUAUCUUUACUAUUCUCAUCACCAUCAUCAUUAUCAUCUUGACUUAAUAAACCUUUAGUCAUAUCAUUUAACUUCUGCAUCUUACUAUUUUCAUAAUCAUUAUGUUUAAUUAAAUUCAUAUGAGUCCAUUCAUUUGAUUCAAUCAAUUCUAUGAUUCUAUCCUUCCCAAUCGUUUCAUCAUAUUCAUUCUUCCCCAGUAUAUCAAAAUUUAUAUAUUCAUAUCCACUUGAAAUAAUCAAAUCUUCGAUGGAUUCAUUUACAUCAGAAUCAGAAUGAUAAUUGGAUCCUAUUAUAGUGAAAAAUCCU